AUGGGUGGUAUUCGCAUUGCUAUAGCGCUUACAAUUGGGCUUAGUAUCAGUGUGAUAACAGUAUCAUUGAUAGUAAUUGGUGUGAUUUUCAAUGAUAUCAAUAAUUUGUACGAUGAUAUCAUGGACGAAAUGAAAGAAUUUAAUGUAAUUAUGAUAUUCUAUGGCUGUGACAAGCCAAAUAACUGUCCACGGGGUCCACCAGGACCAAGGGGAGACAAAGGAGAAAAGGGGUUAGAUGGAGAACCUGGAAAUGAUGGUUCUAAGGGGAUAGCUGGUGUAGCGCUUCUUGCCACGUAUAACAUUCUGGGUGGCUGUAUCAUUUGUCCUCCUGGACCUCCUGGACUACCAGGAUCGGAUGGAAUCAAAGGUGAUCAGGGACCGACCGGGAGAAAAGGGUCGAUGGGAAAACCGGGAAGGCCAGGAUUGAGAGGACCACAUGGGCCACCUGGUAAGCUCGGAGAACCAGGAGCUAAUGGAAUUCCCGGUAAACCAGGGUUGAACGGAAGCAAUGGAAAAAGGAGUAUCAGUAUAGCUGGUCCAAAAGGACAAACUGGUGCUCCUGGUCUACCUGGACAGCCAGGAACAAAAGGCAAAUGUGGAGCGGAUGGUAAACCUGGAGAACCAGGUAAAGCUGGGCGAACCGGCCGUAAUGGUAAACCUGGAAAAGAUGGACGUCCAGGACAGGCAGGUUCACCAGGUAUUCCAGGACCGGACAUACAUUAUUGUUCUUGUCCAUACAGAGUGGAUCGGAAAUAA